AUGCGCCAACUCAUCUACUUUCACCUUCUUUUGUUUUUCGCCAUCCUGGACCCGUCGAUAAAAUUAACAAGGGGCUUCAGUUUCUACCACAAUUUGGAACACUCGAGCGUCCCCACGCACCUGAAGAAGAAGCCCAGUAUGGUGUACGACCUCAUAGUCAUUGGAGGCGGCAGUGGCGGCAUGGCCGCGGCCAGACGAGCAGCCAGGAACAAGGCCAAAGUUGCGCUCGUGGAAAAGGCCCACUUGGGAGGCACCUGCGUGAAUGUCGGAUGCGUGCCAAAGAAGAUAAUGUUCAACGCGGCGUCCAUCCACGACAUUCUAGAGAACUCUAGGCACUACGGAUUCGACACGCAGUUUAGCUUCAACCUUCCGCUGCUAGUCGAGAGGAGAGACAAAUACAUACGAAGGCUGAACGAUAUUUAUAGGCAAAAUUUGAAGCAGGACAACGUGGAGUAUUUUGAAGGCAAGGGCAGCCUGCUCAGCGAAAAUAAAGUUUUAAUAAAAAAAGUGAAGAAUGAAGGUGAUGUGGAAGAAAACUUGGACGAAGGAGACGACGACAAAGUGAUUGAGGGAAAGAACAUCCUCAUAGCAGUGGGCAAUAAACCAAUAUUCCCAGAUGUGAAAGGAAUUGAACAUACCAUUUCGAGUGACGAUUUUUUUAAAAUAAAGGAAGCCAGAAGGAUAGGAAUCGUAGGCAGCGGCUACAUAGCAGUGGAGCUCAUUAACGUCGUCAGGAGAUUAGGAAUCGAAUCCUACAUAUUUGCAAGAGGAAGCAGAUUGCUUCGAAAAUUUGACGAAACAGUUAUCAACGAAUUAGAAAAUGACAUGAAAAAAAAUAAUAUCAAUAUUAUUACCCAUGCAGAUGUGGAAGAAAUAGAAAAGGUCAAGGAGAAAAAUUUAACCAUUUACUUGUCAGACGGAAGAAAGUAUGAGCACUUUGAUUAUAUCAUUUACUCUGUUGGUCGAUCUCCAAAUACAAAGGAUCUAAAUUUGGAGGUGCUAAACAUAACGACAGAUAAGGACUACAUUGUUGUGGACGAUAAUCAGAGGACAAAUGUGAGACAUAUUUAUGCCGUAGGAGAUUGUUGCAUGGUGAAAAAGAAUCAAGAAAUUGAAGACUUAAAAUUGCUCAAGCUUUACAAUGAAGAGUCAUACUUAAAGAAAAAAGAAAACACGUCAGGAGAUUUAUAUUUUAAUGUGCAGCUGACCCCAGUGGCUAUUAACGCUGGAAGGUUACUAGCCGAUCGACUCUUCCUGAACAGGUCCAGAAAAACGAAUUAUAAAUUGAUACCUUCUGUUAUAUUUUCUCAUCCUCCAAUUGGAACCAUCGGACUUUCAGAGAAGGAAGCAAUUGACAUAUAUGGCAAGGAGAAUGUGAAAAUUUACGAGUCCAGGUUUACCAAUCUGUUUUUCUCUGUCUAUGAUAUGGACCCUUCGCAGAAGGAGAAGACUUACCUCAAGUUAGUUUGCGUUGGUAAGGACGAAUUAAUUAAGGGGCUUCACAUUAUCGGACUCAGUGCCGACGAAAUUAUACAAGGCUUUGCCGUCGCCUUGAAGAUGAAUGCCACGAAGAAGGACUUUGACGAAACCAUACCCAUACACCCCACGGCUGCGGAGGAGUUCGUCACCAUGCAUCCCUGGAUGAGUUGA